AUGUCUCACAGAAAGUUUGAGCAUCCAAGACAUGGUUCCUUGGGUUUCCUUCCAAGGAAAAGGGCUAACCGACAUCGUGGAAAAGUGAAGGCCUUUCCUAAGGAUGAUCCCACUAAGCCUUGCAGGCUCACUUCCUUCUUGGGAUACAAAGCUGGAAUGACUCACAUUGUGAGAGAGGUCGAAAAACCUGGAUCAAAACUCCACAAGAAGGAAACAUGUGAAGCUGUUUCUGUGAUUGAGACACCUCCCAUGGUGGUUGUUGGUGUAGUAGGGUAUGUGAAGACUCCCCGUGAUCUGCGCACCCUAAGCACUGUGUGGGCUCAGCAUUUGAGCGAAGAAGUAAGGAGGAGGUUUUACAAGAACUGGUGCAAAUCCAAGAAGAAGGCUUUCACCAAAUACUCGUUGAAACAUGAAACCGAAGAAGGUAAAAAAGACAUUCAAAGCCAAUUGGAGAAGAUGAAGAAGUACUGCAAUGUUGUCCGAGUUCUCGCUCACACUCAGAUAAGGAAAAUGAAAGGGCUAAAGCAGAAGAAGGCUCAUCUGAAUGAGAUUCAAAUCAAUGGUGGAGACAUUGCAAAGAAGGUUGACUAUGCUUACAGUUUAUUCGAGAAGGAAGUCCCUGUCGAUGCCAUCUUUCAGAAAGAUGAGAUGAUUGACAUAAUCGGUGUUACUAAAGGAAAAGGUUAUGAAGGUGUGGUUACAAGAUGGGGUGUGACCCGUCUUCCAAGAAAGACUCACCGUGGACUGCGCAAGGUGGCUUGUAUUGGUGCUUGGCAUCCAGCUAGAGUCUCCUACACGGUUGCUAGAGCUGGGCAAAAUGGGUACCACCACCGUACUGAGAUGAACAAGAAAUUUUACCGGGUUGGGAAAGUUGGCCAAGAGACUCACUCAGCGAUGACCGAGUUCGACAGAACCGAGAAGGAUAUCACACCGAUGGGAGGAUUCCCGCACUAUGGGAUAGUGAAGGAAGAUUACUUGAUGAUCAAGGGUGGUUGCGUAGGUCCCAGGAAACGGGUGGUGACGUUGAGACAGACAUUGUUGAAGCAGGCGACUAGCACUACAAGAAAACAACCACUUUUCCGACGGAAAUUCCGACGGCCGAGAUUUCCGUCGGAAUUUUUCGACGGUUUACCGACGCAAUUGCGACCAAAAUUAAUCCGUCGGAAAUCCGUCGGUUAA